AUGUACCAACGGUUGCAAAAUCUGAAGCAGGGUGCCAAAUCAGUUGACGAUUACACAACUGAGUUCUACCAAUUGAUUUCCCGAAACAAUAUCCAGGAGACAGAGGAACAACUCGUUGCUCGAUAUAUUGGGGGUCUACGGGUCCAAAUCAUGGACUCUGUAAAUAUGUUUGACCGGGUAUCUAUUUCUGAAGCGCACCAACAGGCGUUGGCUUUUGAGAAACAAAGAAGUUGGGAUAACCUUAUAUCUGAAGAAGCAGUUCAAAAGUUGGCUUUGAAAAAAGAAAAUCGCCCUAAGCCUUACAAGCUACAGUGGCUUAAGAAGGGUGGCGAGGUCACUGUAUCUAAACGAGCCCUUGUUCAAUUUUCUGUUUGGUACCACAUAACAUUGGUUCCCAGUAAGCCAAAUGAGCCAGUUCCGAGACCUUCGGGUACUCUACUAACCCUUAAUCAGUUUGAAGACGAGUUGGAGGCGGAAGGUGAAAUUUUUGUAUUGCUCGGGAAGGAAGUCGCUAAGGAGGUUGAAAUUCCUGAGGCUAUGGUUCCUCUGCUCAAGGAAUUCGCUGAUGUUUUCCCUAAUGAAUUACCUGAUGGUUUUCCACCUUUACGUGACAUCCAACAUCAUAUUGAUUUACAACCAGGAGCUCAGUUGCCUAAUAGGCCACAUUACAUAAUGAGUCCCGGAGAGCAUGAGGAAUGGCGACGACAGGUGGAGGAUUUGAUUUCAAAAGGUCAUAUGGUGCACUUUAUUCCUUGCAAAAAGACGACGGAUGCAGUUAAUGUGGCCCAAUUAUUCUUUAGAGAUGUCUACCGUUUGCAUGGAUUACCGUCUUCUAUUGUAUCUGAUCGAGAAACUAGGUUUUUGAGUCAUUUUUGGCGCAGCCGAUGGAAAAUGGUGAACACUCACCUCAAUUUUAGUAGUGCAUAUCAUCCUCAAACGGAUGGCCAAACAGAGGUUGUCAAUCAAUCCCUUGGUAAUAUUUUGCGGUGUUUAGUGGGUGAUCAUGUGAAGACCUGGGAUCAGAAGCUUUGUCAAGCUGAGUUUGCUCAUAAUCAUGCUAUCAACCGAAGUACUGGAUAUAGUCCAUUCCAGGUGGUCUAUUCUGUUCAGCCACGGGGACAACUUGAUUUGAUGUCACUGCCUGUUUCUAGGGUUGUUCCAAAGAAAGUGCAGGAUUUUGUUGGAGGACUACAUGAUUUUCAUAAGGCUGUUCAUGACAACUUGGUCCGAGCUAACUCCAAGUACAAGCAAGAUGCAGAUAAAAAACGCAGACAAGUUGAUUUUGAAGUAGGUGACUUUGUUUGGGCUAUUUUGACUAAAGAUCGUUUUUCGGUUGGUGAGUACAACAAGCUAUCAGCUAAGAAGAUUGGACCAGUGGAGAUUAUGGAGAAGAUUAAUUCCAAUGCUUACCGUCUACAGUUGCCAAGCCACAUUCGUUGUUCCGAUGUAUUCAAUGUAAAGCAUUUGCUUCCUUAUUAUGGGGAUUCUUCUGAUGAUGACCAUGGUGCACAUUCGAGGCCAAAUUUUAUGUUAUUGCAGGAUGGGAUCUGUGAAGAGCAAUAUGUGAUAUUUUUGCGAUUUGCUUUGCUGGAUCGAGCUGUGAGAAAAGAACAAAUAUUCAAAUCAUGA